AUGAAGGCCCACCAGUCUUUGCACGUUGUGGCCGGAUUUGUGCGCUUUCCCAUGAGCAAAACUGGCCAAUCCCGUUGUUACUCUAUUUUAAAGGACAUUUCAAUACCGGCAUCGAAACAGAAGUUCGUCCCUAGCUCAGGGACGUACCCCAAGGGGUUCCUCGCAGCUGGUGCCCAUGCCGGGGUAAAGGAGUCAAACACUCAGUUUCCCGAUGUUGCCUUGAUAUGCUCCGAGACGCCAUGUUCUGCUGCUGCUGUCUUCACCACGAACAAGUUUCAAGCUGCUCCAGUCCAGGUGAGCAAGCAGGUGCUGGAAGCAAGGGAGGGUGCCGAUAUCACAGGAGUGGUGAUUAAUUCCGGCUGUGCCAAUGCCGUAACGGGCAAGGGAGGUUUGGAAGAUGCCAAGAGCAUGAGUGCAAAAGUUGACGAGUGCAAUGGCACACCGUCAACCAGUUCUAAGAGACCUAGCACGCUCGUCAUGAGCACGGGCGUUAUCGGACAGCGUCUCCCCAUCGAGAAAAUCCUCAACACAAUUCCAGUCGCCCACUCUAGCCUCUCCUCAACCCACAAAGCCUGGCUCACAGCCGCCCGCGCCAUCUGCACCACAGACACCUUCCCCAAGCUCCUCUCACGCACCUUCACCCUCCCCUCCUCCCCUAACCACACUUACCGCAUAGCAGGCAUGACCAAAGGCGCCGGCAUGAUUCACCCAAACAUGGCCACCCUCCUCGGAAUCCUCUGCACCGACGUCCCCAUCAGCCCCGCCGCUCUAAAACUCCUCCUCUCCCACGCCGUCUCCCGCUCCUUUAACUGCAUCUCCAUAGACGGCGACACAAGCACCAACGACACCGUCGCCCUCCUCGCCAACGGCGCCGCGGGUGGCCAGACAAUAACCACCCCCUCCUCCCCAAAUUACGCAGCCAUGCAAACCGUCCUGACAAGCUUUGCACAGUCGCUUGCGCAACUUGUUGUCCGCGACGGCGAGGGCGCAACUAAAUUCGUCACUGUGCGCGUGCUUAAUUCGCCGUCCCAGGCGGAUGCAAGGGCUAUUGCGUCGACGAUUGCGCGGUCGCCGCUGGUUAAGACGGCGCUGUAUGGCAAAGAUGCGAAUUGGGGACGCAUAUUGUGUGCCAUCGGGUAUACGCAGGGGAUUCAGGCGGGAACGGUGGUGCCUGAGCGGACGAGUGUGAGCUUUAAACCUGUAGAUGGGAGUGAGGAGUUAAAAUUGCUUGUUAAUGGGGAGCCGGAGAUAGUGGAUGAGGAGCGGGCAGCGAGGAUUCUGCAGGAUGAAGAUUUGGAGAUUGUGGUUGAUCUUGGUGGUGGGGAGAGGGGUGAGGAGGGGAUGGGUGGGGAAGAGGGGAUUUAUUGGUUUUGUGAUUUUAGUCAUGAGUAUGUGACUAUUAAUGGGGAUUAUAGGACUUGA